CCGCCCACAGGGCACGACGACUGCUGUCCUUCCCCCUGCCCUGCGCGUGGAGACCGGGGCUUGUCUUGUCUCUGUCAUCGGAAUUGCACCAACCCUCUCGGGCGGGGAAGGGGAAAUUACGCCACCGGCCCAUCAUGGGCAAUCCCGUGAGCAAGAGCCAGGCGUUCAUGGAGCAAAGAGAGAGAAGCAACACGGAGUACCGGAAGCAGGGAACCCUGUCUAUGAACCUGGUGCGAGAGGAAUUCAAUCGCGAUAUACAGGAGGUGUACGAUCUGAGGUCGGGCGAGCUGCUCGGGAAGGGAGGUUUCGGGACUGUCAGAGUCGUCACGCAUAAGGCGACGCAAAACAAGUAUGCGCUAAAGACGAUCGAGCUGAAGGACGUGGAGACGGUGGAGCAGUACGAGUUUCUCCUCAACGAAAUCGAGAUCAUGAAACAGCUCGACCACCCUAACAUCGCGCGGGUGCAAGAGGUGUUCCAUACCCCCGACCACUACUAUAUGGUGAUGGACCUGUACACGGGGGGGGACAUGUACGCGAGGUACAAAUUUAGGAGCGAGGACGAGACGGCGAAGAUUGUGAACAAGCUCAUCAACGCCCUUCGGUACUGCCACGACCGCAACAUUGCGCACCGAGAUAUCAAGCUUGAGAACAUCUGCUUCGAGUCCAUGGCAGAUGACGCGGAGGUGAAGCUGGUGGACUUCGGACUCAGCGCUUCGUUUAAGGACGAGCAAAUGAGGCACGAUUUGGUGGGGUCCUGGGCGUUCAUGGCGCCGGAGGUUCUUCAGAGAGCGCACCAUCCUCAAGCCUGCGACCUGUGGAGCAUGGGUGUCAUCACGUACUGCCUCCUGGCAGGGUUCCCUCCGUUCCGAUCAGUCAACCUCAAGGGCCUCAAGGAGCAAAUACUAUACAGUAAGGUGACGUUUGAGGAGGAGCCGUGGAAGAAUGUGAGCAGCUAUGCGAAAGACUUCAUCCAGAAACUUCUCAAGAAGGAUCCUCAGAAGCGAUUGACGGCACAGCAGGCCCAACAUCACCCGUGGCUGACGAAGGCGCGUAGCACCAAGAACAACGCCAAGCUUAGCCCGAAAGUGGUGGAGAACCUGAUGCACUUCAAGAACCUCAACCUCAUGAAGCGCGUCGCGUUGGGGGUGGUGGCGAGAACACUGGAGGCGUCAGAGAUGAGAAAUCUGGAGCAGGAGUUCCAUAAGGCGGACAUCGCGAGGAGCGGAGAGAUCUCCAUCGAGGAUUUCCGAUCCGUCUUGUUGAGAUCAAACCAGUUCCAGCGCAAGGAGGUGGACGAAAUCUUCGAGGGGCUGGAUAUCGGUUCCUCCGGGAGGCUCUCGUACACCGACUUUACGGCCGCCGCCCUCAACAGGCAACACUUGGACACGCGGCGACUCAAGUACGCGUUCGAGAGGCUGGACCAUGACAACAACGGCUACUUGGACUACGAGGACUUGAUGAUGACAGUCGGGUCGGACCUGAGCACAGAGGACGUACGGACAGCGAUAAAGCAAUUCGACACGGACAACAGGGGCAAAGUCUCCUUCGACGACUUUUGCAAGGGUAUGCGGUCGACGGGGGGAGCCCUCGACGCUCUGUCGACCGCCCAGCUCACCUCCGGUUACAUGGUGGAGAGCAUCGCGAAGGGUGAAGGCGCGGCGGCCAUCCAGGCGGUGGUCGCAGAGGACUUCUUGCCGCCGUCGCCGCCGGUGUCGGGGGUGCCCGACUCCGCCGAAAAGCUCAUUCCGCCGCUCCGACGGCAGCAGCAGCAGCUGCUGCAGCAGCAGCAGUUACUGCAGCAGCAGAAGCAGCAGCAGCAGUUACUGCAGCAGCAGAAGCAGCAGCAGGACGAGCAGCAGCGGGUGGCAGUAGACGGCCGGGUUGCAGGGCGGGCGGUGGAGGCGGAGGCGGCCGGAGAUGCGGCGGUUGCUGGGGCGAGGGGAGGAGGGGAGCGCUUCAGCAGCAUGGAGCCCGGCGGGCGCAACUCGGUGUCUUCGACGGCGGAGACGGCGGCGUUGAGCCGGCCUCAGUCGCUCGACAGGCAGACCGUCGCGGCCCUCGCGACAGGCGUGGCCAACGACAGCAAUGACAGCAGAGGCAGCGGUAGUGCUGUCGCUGCCGCGGCCUCCGACGGGGUCGGCUGUCGGCCGCAGUCGCUGGGCCGGGAGUCGACGCUCGCGAUGGCACUAGGCCGCGCCGGCGGCGGGAGCGGGAGCGCGCGUGCGCUGUCCCUCGGCCGGUUACCGUCGGUCAUGAGCGGGGAGUCACUAGCCGUGGGGGGAGGGGGGGCGGAGGCAACGGCCCCGGCGCCCCGAAAAUGGUCCAAGGAGGUGCCGCCCGGGGGGGGGGCGCGGGCGGAAGCGCCGCUGUCCCCGGGGGGUACCCCCUCGGCCACCGGCGGCGCCGGCGCCGCGGUGGACCUCUGGGGGGAAGGCGUCAAGGGGAGCCUUGCCGGGCGCAGGAUGCGGGACUCGAUCAGGCUGCGGGGCGGCCUGCUGGGCGGCCUGCCCGUUCCUCUCGGGUCCACUCCCACGGGAGGGGGCGGCGACGGCGGCGGCGGCGGAGGGGGAGGGGGAGGCGGGGGCGGCGGUGCGCUCUGGCACGGCGGUAGCGGCGACCACCAGCAGCCGGGCGCCGCUUCGUCCGCGUCUCCCAACAACGUUGCGCAGGCGGCGGCGGCGGCGGCGGCGGGGACAAGCCCUAGCGUUCUCCCGAACCCCAACUCGGUGGCGGGAAGCUUACCGCCGCCGCACCCACGCGCGGGGGACGUCCUCCUGGGGGGGGUCAGCGGAGCGGUAGGGGUAAGGGUACCAUCGCCGCCACCGCGCGAUGAAGACGUCGCCGCCUCGGGGACGGCCGGCGGGUCGGCGCGGAGCGGGGGCGGGCCCGUGGAAUCGGAGAAGUACAACCGGUCCGCAACCGCCGCCGCUGCCGCCGCUGCGACAACGACGACAUCGACGCCGUUCUUGAGGAAGAGGAUCGUGCCGACGACGGCUGCGGACCUACCGCCGAAGGACUCGACGGCGGGAGAGGUCGACCUCGGGUGGGGCGCCGAAGGUGCGCCGGCGGACCUUGCCCCGCCCGGAAGCAGCGUGGGCGACGAGGGCUCGAGCGGCAGCAGCGGAGCGGCGAUGAGGAGCCCGAAGCUGGGGGGCGGGCAGCGGCGGCGGCAUGUACGGCGCUCGACGUUGUUUUGCACGCCCGGUGCGCCGAGAGAGAGACGGGCAGGCGGCGGGAGCGGGGGGGGCAGGAGAGGGUCCGAGUCGGCGGCCGGGAGAACGGGGAGCGGCGGCGGCGGUGUCGUCGACGACGACGACGUGUACCGAAAUUACGACAGCAGCGUGGAGGCGGACGAUGGCCCCGGCGGCAUCCAGAGCCGAAGACAAACGGGGAUGUUUUGCAUACCGGGGGACGUUGCAGGGCAAACCGCGCCUUUCUGGGCGAAAUGGAUGGACGCCAUCUUCCGGGGAAACCCGGGGUAGGGAGAGCGGGCGCGGGGUAAUCGCUCGCUUACCCCGGCGUGCCGCUUGUAGCUAGUUGCCGCGAGAGGGCGAAUAACCUGGCGAUCUUGCUUGUUUGCCGCCCCUUGCCUGUUGUUCCUCGGCGGAGCGAGAGAGAUUGGUGUGAUGCUGUUGCGCAUAUGUGCGCGGCUUGUAGAGAGAGGGGGCGUGGGGGCGCGGCCAUUAUUCCUCUGGUGGCUUCUAAUGUUGUCGUUUUCUUCUGCUGUUGUUGCCAUUGAGAGGGCAGCCGUCGGGGGGGGGGGGGGAAUCAUGUUACGCUUUUUUUUCCCCUUCCCCUACAAUUUAGUCCCCCUGUUUUCGUGUCCGGCGGCGUGGGUCGCGGGACAAUUUUGGCGUUUUUGGUUGUAGAAAAUGUGUUCUGUUUUUGUGUUCGGAGGGUGCGUAUCUUUUAUGCGGCGAGACAUGUGUUUGUGUUCUCCCCAGCAGUAUUUAUUCGAACGUGGUGGAUUGGAUCAUUUUGUCCCGAUUUUUUCUUCUUGUGGCAGGCCGGCUUGCAGCCCGCCGCCAACGCCUUACGCGCGCCGUAAUCCAUAUUGCCUUUUGGAAAACCAAAGUGAUAUUAAUAUAUAUGUGUUAUAUAUAUAUUCUCUCCUUGGAAGUCGAGCGGCCGGUGUGUGAUGCAGAGCGGACGGCGGAUGUUUUGGUCUGCAUUUGUCGGUAGGUUUUCACGCCUUUUUCUUAAGAGGGCAUUUCUGCUUGAUUCUGUUGCGACGAUGAGACCGAGCGGGCGAACAUUUGCCACUCUUCCCCCCCCCGUUAUACUUUCGUGCAGGUUAUUUGGUUUUGGUUUCUUUUGUUUCGUUUGUUUGUUAGUUUUGUUCUUCAGGGGUCUUGCUGUGGCCUUCUUCGUUUUCCUCGCCCUGUUUUUCUUUACUUUUUCCUUCUGUCCGUCCGUGUGCAUGCAUGCAUGUGGCGCACUACUGUGUAAAGAGAGGGGGUGACCUCACUUGCCUGCUCGAAGCAAGAGUUUCGGUCGUUGUGGUCGGAUGGGAUGGGUGGGGUGAUCCCACAAGUCACGCUUCUCCGAUCUUUGUGUCGAAAUUCCGAGCGUCUCCCUCGUUUUUUUGCCAUUUUUUCCGAGAUAUCGGGUUAAUUCUCAGAUGUCUCGGGAAGAAAUUUCCAGGAAAUUUCGGUCAGUCUCUCAGGCACAUCCUAUCGUCGUAUAUUAACUUAUAUCUUAAGGGGGGGUGUUCACUUGUGUCGCUCCGUUGCGUUGUGUGUUCCGCGUGUUUGGUACUAUAUCGAUUUGAGAGUUUCAAUCUACCCGGAUGGUUGGUGCUUGUUGGCUACAACCGCAACACCCGAUAAAUAUGUGCUACGCAUUUCGAUCUUCUUGUAUAUGUUGCGCCCGGGGCUUGAGAUGCUUCUUUCAGCUCUCCUCUAUUACUCCUUCUUCCCGUUCUUGUUUACGAUGGACCCCUUGUGGCAGUUUCCGUGCAGGCAAGGAGGGGGUGGGAGGUUGUUGACGGGUGUCCCUUGUCGUGGUCGCAAGCUGAACUCGACUAUUAUAGUUUAAAAAGCACAAAUGGUUUGACUAUUUGUCGCAACAUCUUUAGGCCGGGAUCAAGGCCAAAUGCUCUUCACGGACGCACGGGCUGACACACCAUACAACACGGAAGGCACACGGUAUGCCUGGCACACCCGUCUUGUUUCGUUCUCCAUAUUUUCCCAAGGCGCGCCUCCUGAGUGGGCUCAUGAGAGCAAAAACAGUGCUUGAAGUAUUGCAGUAUCAUCUAGGGCGUGACGCAAGAUGAAAAUAAAGCAUUAGUUGGUGUGAGUCAGCUGCCAGCUGCUAUGAUAUCAGUGACGUUUCCCAAGCUCGGAACAGCUCACACAGCUGAUGACGUGUUUUUCACUCGAAGAGCGCAACGAGCAAAGCAUAUAACGUACUUCGUAUGAAAGUGAUCAUGGGGCUGGAUUGUUUUCUCGGGUGGGAGCAACAGAGUGGCUGUCGCCCGCCGCAGGUUGCAAUUUGUUUAGCAUCGUGUGCGGAGCGACCGCUACAGCCUCUGAUUGAGUGAUAAUUUGUACGGUUCUCCUUUGCUCGAUGAUGUGUCGCCGGCGACGUCUGACUGUCUGGGGCCUGAAGCAGUUGUUUUUUGGGGGUUGGAAUAGCUUUUGCGUCUAUGUUAGUCUCUCUUGGCCUCUGCCUGAUAUGUGCCAUCACCUCUUGGAUAUUUCAUAGCUUGUCCCACUUUGGGUAGUCGUCCUGUGAUCACGGAAGGGGUCCGCGCCAAUUGGACGGGUAUCAGAAGGUACCGAGCAGAAACCGGAACGGUUUUUAACUUGGAGAGCAGAAGAAAAACAACGAUGCCGCCCAC